AUGUCGUCUCGAACCCCAACUCAAGCCGAUCUUCAACACUUCAUAGGGCAAGUCAGCCCACCAUCCUUUGCACCUUUCCCUCGCCUACCUGCCGAGCUUCGCCUGGCAAUAUGGCAGCGCGUUCAGCACGAUCCUCGAAUCAUCAGAAUCAAUAUCGAGCGUAUCAUAGACGGACUCACAACCUACGACCGCUUUGGACGAGCCAGUCGUCCCUACACCUACAAGCUCAAGUCGUGUUCGACUGCUCCCGCUAUGUUUCACGUCAACACCGAGGCUCGAAAUGCCGCAAUAAACAUGCAUGGCUAUUCCAAGGCUCUGGAGAGUCGACUUGGCGGCAAGUAUGUGUGGAUCAACUGGACCCGCGAUGCUAUUUACAUUUCGACGCCCGAGAUUCUGCAAGCCUUCUGCUCUUCGCUGGGUGGAGCCCUCACCCCGAACGUGCGUGAAGACCUGCACGUAGGACCUUAUCUCGCAGAAAUUGAAGAAACGCCAGGCCGUCUUAGCUCGAUAGUCAAUAAACUUUGUCCGAAUCGCCGACCUUUCAAUGCACUUCCUCACAACAAAGCCACAAUGAAGAGCCCCAGAAUCCAACCUGCCUACCCAUGGGCUUUAAAGUUGAAGGCUGCAAAGGUGACCAAGAAUUCGGCGCCCCUCCUCGAUAAGUUCACCUUGUUCCCAAAGCUGUAUCCUGAGCUCCAGAUGAUGGUUUGGAAGUUUGGACUUGGACUGAGCCGUUACGUCAACAUUACUGAGAAAUAUGGUGAUGUGGAGCAACAUGGUCUCCAGGCUGACGCACAACCCCCCGUGCUCUUGCAGGUUUGCUCCGAUUCGCGUCGAUUGGCUUUGCGGCACUACGAGCUUUGCUUUGAGACUCAAAUUCCCGCUAGCUUUAUCCUCUUCAACUGGGAGGUUGAUGUUCUCGUGUUCGCAAGCCCAGCAACCCUCGGGGAGUUCUUCAAGACCGAUGUGACAAUCUCUACCAGCCGCGAAGAUGCGUUGUUGAGCACCCACGGAGAGGUCUUCGACAAUCUGCGCCAUCUGAUCAUUGGAGAGAAGUGGUGUGCUGUUGAAUUCAUCCCCCUGUACCCUCUCUUCGAGUCGCUGGAGUCCGUUUCCUUUGAUCCAGAGAUUUUUCGCUCGAUGUCGUCCGGGUAUUGCGACUUUGAGGGAAUGUACAACCACUUCAAAUGCCGGGAGUGCUUUGAAGAGGACACUAAUGAGAUGCUCUCCAAGUCUGAGAUUAUUACUUUGGAGAAGGGCGAAUUGGAUCGAUUGAUUGAAAGCUCGAAGUACAACACUGCGGGCCUGCUGAAGACCAUCCGUCCACCAAUUUCGAGACACCGCAUAUCCUUUUGGGGCCUAUGA